UACACGCAAUUUUUGUAUAAGUGUCCUUAUUUCUUUGCGGUAAUUAUUGAUAAAACGUGUAUUUAAUCGAAUGUUAAUUUCAAAUGUUUCCUUAUAUGCGUCUCAAAAUAUUGUUUUUCGUUAUAUAGAUUGCUACCUUGACAGUACUAUAUAUAUAAAAGACUUCUCUUCAUUCUUUUAAUUAGUUCACUAUAUUGUUAACCGCAUUAUAGAAGUGCAGUUGUAACAAUUUUUAUCUCGAGAGGAGAGAAAAAAAAAUCUGCAGAGAAAACUUGUAGUGCAUCAACAGACUUCAAACUAUUCAAUAAAUUGUGCAAUUAACGAAAAAAUUAUUUAUUAUCUGCAAAAUUGUUAUAGAAUAUUUUGUAUAUUAUAACAAAUUAACAUGUCAUUGAUGCGUCAAUUAAUACUGGUGAUUGCAACUUGUUUAACUUAUGCUGUCAUAAUUAGUGGACAAAAAAGAGUUGUUUGUUAUUAUGCAAGUUGGGCAACGUAUCGUAAAGAUGAAGGAAAAUAUGAUAUUGCAAAAAUAAACCCAUCACUUUGUUCACAUCUAAUUUAUUCAUUCAUUGGACUUAAUAAUGAUGGUACGAUUAAAAUUCUCGAUGCAUGGAUCGAUGUGAGGCAAAAUGGAUUUAAAAAUUUUAAUGCUCUUCGCAAUAAGAGUCCGUCAACUAAAACAUUAGCUGCAAUCGGAGGUUGGGCCGAAGGCUCAGAAAAAUUCUCCAAUGUAGUAAGUAAUCCAGGAUUAAGAGCAAAAUUCAUCAACGAAGCUGUGAAAUUUUUAAAAACUUACGGAUUCAAUGGUCUUGACUUAGAUUGGGAAUAUCCAGGCCAACGACCAGGAUCAAGACCAACUGAUAAGGAUAAUUUUUCCCUCUUGGUGAAAGAACUUAAGGAGAGAUUUAGUCGCGAGGGCCUAAUUUUAUCAGCAGCCGUGAAUCCUACUCCAUAUACAGCUGGAUUGUCUUAUAAUAUUCGUGAAAUUUCCAAACAUCUUGAUUUCAUUAAUUUAAUGACAUACGAUUAUCAUGGAACUAACAAUGACAAACGAGUUGGACACAAUGCACCACUUUUUGCAUCGCCACAAGAAACUCCCGAUGAAAAACAAUUGAAUUGUGAUGCCUCUGUGAAAUAUUGGAUAUCGCAAGGUGCACCACGAGAGAAAAUUAAUCUUGGAACUGCAUUUUAUGGAAGAUCAUUUACCCUGGCCAAUCCAAAUCUACAUAAAAGAGGAUCACCAGCAACUGGUCCUGGAAAAGAGGGACGUUUGACUGGUGCAGCUGGAACUUUAGGCUACUAUGAGGUCUGUGAAAAUACUGACAAGAAAGGAUGGAAAGUCGAAUACGAUGCAGAGCAGCACGUGGUCUAUGCUUUUCAGGGAAAUCAAAUUGUCGGAUAUGACGAUGUCAAUUCCAUUAAGGAGAAAGCACAAUACGUGAAGAAUAAUAAUCUCGGUGGUGCAAUGAUCUGGAGCAUGGACACAGAUGAUUUCAAUGGAAACUGUAAUGGAGGCAAGAAUCCUCUACUCAAUGCUUUAAAUAAAGUCCUAAGGAAUUAAACCGCUAUUUUCAUAUUCAUAUAUAUAUUUAUCUUCAUUUGCCUUUUCUUCAGUAUUCAAAUACAUCAUUUUCAUAAAAUUCACGUGUUCAUUUGAAAAUAAGAAAAAAAUCCUUUUCAGCAAAAAAUUUGUACUUAUAAAUAAAUUUUAAGUAACUAAUUAAA